GAAACGGAAGACAGUGUCGUGACUUCCGCUCUCUGUUCUGAAGCGGCCAUUUUGUGUGUUUUUCAAAGGGCAUCCGUUUUCAAAGGCCCGCCUUCACGUAAAGAUAAGAAUGGAAACUAAUGAUGUUAUAACAUUUCAUCAAUGUGUUGUAUGUGAUGACAUUUUUCAACAACUUGAUGCUUUAGAAAAACACAAUAAAAUACAUGUUAAAGAAGAGAAAACUGAUGAUGUUGAUGGAUAUUGUCAUGUUAAAGAAGAGAAAACUGAUGAUGUAGAUGAAUAUUGUCAUGUUAAAGAAGAGAAAACUGACGAUGACAAUGUUGAAAACGGUUUAGAAGCAGAUGAGUUGGUUUCAUUUAACGAAAGCCAGUCAUUUAAGAAACACAUGAGAACUCAUAUAGGGGGAAAACCUUAUAAAUGUGAUGUUUGUAGUAAAUCAUUUUCAAAGAGUAGUAAUCUAGUGACACAUAUGAGAAUUCAUACAAGUGGAAAACCUUAUAAAUGUAAUUUUUGUGGUAAAUCAUUUAGUGUGAAUUGUACUUUAAAACUACACUUGAGGAUUCAUACAGGGGAAAAAACUCAAAAAUGUGAUGUUUGUAGUAAAUCAUUCAUUAGUAGUAGUCACAUCAAGAGACACAUGAGAAUUCAUACUGGUGAAACACCUUAUAAAUGUGAUGUUUGUGAUAAAUCUUUUACUAUUUAUGGUAACUUACAGAGGCAUAUGAGAACUCAUAUGGGGGGAAAACCUUUUGAGUGUGGUUUUUGUGGUAAAUCGUUCAGUGUGAAUGGUAAUUUACAGAGACACAGGAGAACUCAUACAGGUGAAAAACAUUAUAAAUGUGAUGUUUGUAGUAAAUCAUUUGGCGAAAAUCAUCAUUUACUUGCACACAUUACCACCCAUAGUGGAGGAAAACCUUAUAAAUGUGAUGUUUGUGGUAAAUCAUUUCUUAAUGAUGGUGGCCUACAAAACCACAAAAGAAUUCAUACUGAAGAAACACCUUAUAAAUGUGAUGUUUGUGGUAAAUCAUUUAGUCAAAUUGGUCAUUUACAGGUUCACGUUAGAACUCAUUCUGGUGACAAGCCAUAUAAAUGUGAUGUUUGUAGUAAAUCAUUCACCAGGAAUGGUUGUUUGCAAAGACACAUGAGAAUUCAUACAUGUGUAAAACCAUAUAAAUGUGAUGUUUGUAGUAAAUCAUUUGGUCGGGCUCAUCAUUUACAAGAUCACAUAAAAACUCAUACUCAGGCCUGGAAAUAUCAAUGUAAUGCUUGUGGUAAACCGUUUAGUGUGAAUUGUAAUUUAAAGAGACACAUGAGAAUUCAUACAGGGGAAAUAUCUUAUAAAUGUUAUGUUUGUAAUAAAUCAUUUGGUCAAACUCAUCAUUUACAGGUACACAUAAGAACUCAUACUUAG